AUGGCGACAUGGACAAAAGAAGCUGUACAAGUUCUCAUUGAUGCAUACAAGGACGAGCCUUGUUUAUAUCAGACAAGAAAUCCGAAUUAUCAUAACAAAACUCUACGUAAUGAAGCAUUAAAUCGUAUUUGUGCAAUGGUUAAUGCCAUUAGACCCAAUACAACAGAAAAAGAUUGCAGUGUUAAAUUUUAUAAUUUAAGAAAUCAAUUUAAUUCUGAGAAUGCCAAAGUGAGAACAUCAAUGAAAAGUGGUAUAGGUAGUGAAAAUGUGUAUAGACCCAAUUUAUGGUACUACGAUGCUUUAAAAUUUCUAGAGGAACAUAUAAUUCCAAGAAAAAGCAGGACAUCACAUUUACCAAAUAUUACAAAAAAUACGCCUGUCUAUUUAUCACAA